UUGGUGAGGCAGUGCCUGCGAGCGCCUCUGCCACUCAGGUGUUCCUCACCAUGCGCUGCUCCAGGAUAAGGCUCCCAAAAAUUGCCAAAGCCCUGAUUUGCCUUGUUGUUGUAAUACAGUUCUGCCUCUUCCUUGGCAAUUCCAGCUCCUUGUUUGACUUGGCAAAGAUUUUCAGGAAAUUGAACAUUUUCCAACAUGCCCUAGAGACACAACAAGUGGACCCCGAGGAGCAACAGGGUUUAAACUAUUCUGAUAAUGGGAGCUCCAGGAGCAUUUUAAAGGUGACUUUGGGAGGACACAUCACAAGACUCAAUGAUGUGAUGGAGAAGACACCAAGAUGGAAAGGAAAGGAGGAGCAGAAGGAAACAAUGAAACCAGUUAUGAGUGUUAAGGAAGCAAAGGGGAACAUGGCUGUGACACCAACACCCCAUUUGGAGGGAAUCAAGGAGACAACAGUGAAAACAACCCCUGCGGUGCAGGAAAACAAGGGGAAAACAACAGUGAGACCAGCUCCAUGGGUGGAAGAAGCCAAGGAAAAGACAACAGUGGAACCACUUCCCUGGGAGAAGGGAGGCAAGGAGAAGGCAACAGUGAAACCAUCCUCUGUGGUGAAGGGAGCACAUGAGAACAACACAUCCCCAGAGCAAGCAAAACCUCCUGCAUCAAUGAAAACUGUACCACCUACUCCUCAGGCUGCUGCUGUGACACAGAAGAGGAAACUGAGCUCUGCUAACUUCACAUCUGAGCCAUGGUGGGAUUUUGAGGACGAGUACCUGCUGGAUAGCUCAUCCCCAGCCUCGACCUGCUCUGAAUCAGUGAGGGCCAGGGCUGCCAAGUCUGCCUGGCUGAGGGAUCUUUUCCUGCCCAACAUCACACUCUUCAUGGACAGGAGAUACUUCAAUGAGAGUGAAUGGAACCGCCUGGAGCAUUUUAUACCCCCCUUUGGCUUCAUGGACCUGAAUUAUUCACUGGUAAAGGAGGUCAUAUCCCUGCUGCCCCCAAAGCCCCACCAGCAGCUGCUCCUGGCCAACCAUGACAGCAGCAUGCCCACAUGCAUCAGCUGUGCUGUCGUGGGGAAUGGAGGAAUUCUGAAUAACUCUGGGAUGGGCCAGGAGAUUGACUCCCAUGACUAUGUCUUCAGGCUGAGCGGGGCUGUAAUCAAGGGUUAUGAAAAAGAUGUGGGAACAAAAACCUCCUUUUAUGGAUUCACAGCCUACUCCCUGGUUUCCUCUCUUCAGAUCUUGGGACACAGAGGGUUCAGCAACAUCCCACGGGAUAAACAUGUCAGAUACAUUCACUUCAUGGAGGGAGCAAGAGACUAUGAGUGGCUGGAGGCUCUGCUGUUCAACAAGGACAUCAGGAAAGGAUUCCUGAACCUCAGCGGGCAGAAGCCCCGGCAGAAAUUCGAUAAAGAUUUCACAAUGGACAAAUACCUGGUGACUCACCCUGAUUUCCUCAGAUACAUGAAAAACAGGUUUUUAAAGUCUAAAAAUUUGGAAAAGCCCUACUGGAGGCUGUACAGACCCACAACAGGGGCCUUCCUGCUGCUGACUGCCCUCCAUCUCUGUGACCAGGUCAGUGCCUAUGGCUACAUCACAGAGGGGUACAAGAAGUACUCAGAUCACUACUAUGACAAGGACUGGAAAAAGCUGAUUUUCUACAUUAACCAUGACUUCAACCUGGAGAAGCAGCUGUGGAAAAGGCUUCAUGAUGAGAAUAUAAUGAAACUUUACCUGAGAACCUGACUGCAGCAAGGGCCAUUGCCUGGGAAAUCUCAACACCACCUCAGUGGGAACAGAAGAGGAUCACCAGAGCCAAGGUCAGCUCUGCCCUGCCAGGCACGUUUCAUCCCCACAAAGACAUUUUCCUCCUUCAGCACCUCUGUUAUUUCACAACACUUCAACAAAUGUGUGAAUGCUGCAGGCCCAAAGACCAACAGGAAAUGAAGCCUGCAAACAAAGUCCCACCUGGCUGUGCUGCAGGGCUCUUGCUGGUUGUUGUAGGCAUGGGUAUUAUGAGAGCAGAAUCCAGGAUGGAUAUGGUCCUGUGUGUAAUUUCUUUGUUUGCAAGGAGAUGCUCCUCAGGCUGGGGCCACUUCUCUUCUGGGUGGAUCCUCUCCUUUAGCAAUGCCCAUUUUAGAGCUGGGUAUUGUCUAAACAAACUCCCUGAGGAGCUGGAAUGGAUGGAGAUGGAAACACAGAUUCUGUUUCAGAUUGACUUUAUUUCUUGGGAGGAGGGGGCUGCACUCACUCUACUCCCUGGAGAUAAAAGGGAUGGACUGGACACUUCCAGGUGACCAAUUUGAGAGAGAAUGAGUUUCACUUCUGCUACCCCAUGUGGCCUUGCUCUGACACUUCCAGAGGAGCAGUGCCAUCAACUCCAGGGCAGGUAGCUGCUCUCCAUGGUGCAGCACACCUCCUGUACCUGCUGCCUCUUGCCCCAGGGCUCCCCUGGCUGCACAAAAUGUGAAUUUUGUGGCACGGACCUGAUGUGCCAAGUCCUUGCACAGCUGGACUUGGUCAUGCUUGGCUCCCAGCUGUGUUUGUCCUGUUGGGAGGAGAGGUGGAAGCUCUCCAAGCCCAGGGAUGGAUGCCAUGUGUCCUUGCUGCUGGCUGAAGGGCCUGUCCCCCACGGUGCUGAGAGGGGCCCAGCUGCAGCCAGCACACCUGGGGUGUGUUGGCCUCCUGGAAGGGGUUUUGUGAGCAAAAUA